GUGCCAAUUUAGGGAGAGGAAGUUUCUUUCCGAGCGAGCGAGCGGGAUUCCGGGAGAGAGUGCUCCUUUUCUCACUGGGAGAAAAAGCACAUGGGAAACUGGGACCGGGAAUGAAGUUAGCGACACCUCUGCCUGAGGUCCAGGCGCUUCUGCUCUCAAGUGCUCUUGACAGCGGACUCUAGGGGAAAUGGGCGGAGUGAAUUCAGAUUGUCUCAUUAAAAUCGAGCACCAUACCUUCAAUCCCACCAGUGACUGCCUGUCACUCUCCGAGUCCCCCUUCGCCUUGAAAACUAAUACUACCCUUGUUCUCCAGUGCUCAGGCUACUCAGGAAUUCAGAAAAACAAUACCCAGGAAAUGAAACAAGAAGGAGUCAACAGUAACUGCCUCAACCAAACCUCACAAAUACUAGGAUGGUGGCGUCGUUUCUCUCGACUUUUAGGAAAAUAAAACUAUUUUAAUUCCUGUCAUAUUUUAUAGCACCAAAAGAAAUAAUUUUUAUUAAAUAUAUAAAAUGUUAACUCUGUGACAUUUAAAAGAGCACUAAUAGUUAUUCUUUAACUACAGAAAGGUUUCUUAACUUAUUUUGGGGUCAGUCUGUAUUGUUUAAUGUGGGUUAUUUAAUGUGGGAAGUAUUGAUCCUCUAAUGUCAGGGGACACUUCUGUAACAUUGGUGACUGGCUUCAUGGCACUAAUUCUCAUCUGAAACUGUACAAGCCCUACUCUAGGGAGAAAACAAAUAAGUAUAGUAGAAAGAAAUUUAAAAAAGAAAAGUGUUGGAUUCAAUGACAGCAUCUAACCCUCUGUUUUAAAAACAGGCAUUUAUUUUACAUGUUAUGAUUCUUUUCCUGUUCUCAUACUAAAACUCUAUAGAAGAAGAAAAGCAAAGCAAAUGAGAAUGUACAAAUCAUGGAAAGUAUAACGAAGCAAUUUGAAAGAAGUUUCAAGCAAAGUGUUAUAAAAGUAUUCUAAGCCAAGUUUUAAAAAUUAUAGACCAGAGUAGGAUAUGCAAGUAGAUUCUGAAGAAGUACCUUUGUUACAGCUAUUAUAUAUAUAAUAAAUCUUAAAUUUUAUAUAAUGCAUUUUUAAUUUAUUUUGUGAGCACUUUUGAAAAUGUACAUGUUGCUUUAUAACUGACAUUACAUAUUUCUUAAUAAAAUAAUUUUCAAAUUA